GCGCAUGCAAAUGAGGGGGCGUGGCCUGGCGGCGAGGGCGCCCGGAGGUCGCGGGGGGGCGCAGGCCGGCAUCGCACCGGGGCAGCUCCGGGGCCGGGAAGCCAGGUGAGGAAGGGGAGGGAGGAGGAGACGGAGGGCCCCGGGACCCCCUCCAGCCCAGCCUCCUCCCCGCGAGAGAGAGAAGGGGUCCGGGGUCAUCUAGCCCAACCCCGGCCCGGAAGGCGGCCUGGCCCCCGCAAAAGUGAAGGGGAAAAAACCCAGAUGUGCAUUUCCAAAAUAUAAGAUAAAAAACCACAUCAAAUAAACCCUACAGACAACAAGAGUGCAUGGUGUUGUGUCUGGACCUAUGAGGUCAGGGGUCAGCAAACUUUCUCAGCCGGGGGCCGGUCCACUGUCCCUCAGACCUUGUGGGGGGCCGGACUAUAUUUUGGGGGAAAAAAUAACUGAAUUCCUUUGCCCCACAAAUCACCCAGAGAUGCAUUUUCAAUAAGAGGCCACAUUCUACUCAUGUAAAAACACGCUGAUGCCUGGACUGUCCGUGGGCCGGAUUGAGAAGGCGAUUGGACCAGAUCCAGCCCCCAUGUUUUAGGUCCAUAAAUUACCACACAGUCAUUCCUCGGGUUACAGAUGCUUCAGGUUGCGUUUCUUUCGGGUUGCGGACCACUGAAAUCCGGACGUUCCGGAACAGGUUACUUCCAGGUUUUGGCGGUCGUGCAUGCACAGAAGAUGCUAAAUUGCGCUUUGCAUGUGCAGAAACGGUGAAUCGCAACCUGCACAUGCGCAGACGCACCACUGCAGGUUGCGGCCGCUGCGGGUUGCAAACGUGCAUCCCGCACGGAUCACGUUCGCAACCCAAGUGUCCACUGUAUAGCAUAUAUAUUCAACACAAAAAAACAGUGACCAUUUGUUGUGGGCAAAGGACAGGUGGACAUAGAAAGGGCCCCAUUCCCUUCCGGAGCUGAGGGCCACAUCAGACCUCCAUCUGGCCCUGGCUGGAGGGAUCUUGGCCUGGAGAAAGGCAGACACUCUCACCCCAAGGGGCGGAUGAAGAUUGCUUUGGGUUCUGGGAAUGGACUCAGGGUGGGGGUUCCAACAGAAGCUGGGGGGGGGCCUUCUCUGCCACCAUCUGGGUCAGUUGCCCCCAUCGCUCUGGACCCAACUGGACACCUUCCUGACCCAGGCCAAAAGUCUCAAACGUCAAGGCAAAGUCCGACCAUAAUUUGCUUCCUGGACAUGUGACAGGCGGCUGUUCCACAGGGUGGGUGCCCCCACCCAGAAGGCCCUCUCCUCUUUUAACGCCUCCCAGGUGGGUGGCCCCCCUGCCUCCUGUGGCAGGGAGUUCCACAGGUUAACAACAACCCCCAUGCCUACAGGCACAGUGCUGCAACGUGGCUCCUCCCUGGGUUGUCUGGGCUGGGGGUGCUGGAUCCUGACCUAACCGCCUCCCUUCUCUCCCGCAGGUCUAGGGCUGCUGCUGCCCCCCACUUUGCCCCCUGCCAUGCUGCCGCUCCUCCGGGCCCUGAGCAGGGGGGGCACCGGCCCCUCGGCCCCCUGGGCUGAUCCCGGCGGGGCUGGCCUGCUCCCGACCUGCAGCUUCUGCCUGGGGAGGGCCAAGCCCCCUGCCUCGCCACCAAAACCCGGCCCCCCGCAUCCCGCUGCGGCCCCCGAGGAGUCGCCGGAGAGGCGGAGCAGCUUUGUGGCCCUGAAGCGUCUGCUGGAGCGAUCGCGCAGCAUCCCCGAGCUCCUGCGCUGGCUGUGGCAGAACCCGGGCCGGGUGUCGGGUGCGCAUUAUGCCCUGGCCCUCGGCCACCUGGGCCGCCUGCUCCCCCCGGGCAAGGGGGGUCCCCGCCUGGAGCCUCUCCUGCUCCAGCCCGACUUCCAGCACCUCAGCCGGGCCGUCGCCAGGCGCUGCGCCCACUUUGACGACGCCACCCUCGUCCGCUGCCUCCAGGCCUCGGCUGCGCUGGGUGAGACCCGGGAAUAGGGGGGGGGGCGGACCUGGGAAUGGUCGAGCGGGAAGGGAACCCCAAAGGUCCUCUAGUCCAACCCCUGGGUUCUCAAUGCUCGCCCGGGUCCCCAUGCCAGGGCCAGCCGAGCAGCUCAGAGCCUCUCUGCUGAGGCUGAUUUAUUUAUCCCACAAACUUACUUAUCCCACAGCUUGAUUGGGAAAAGACCUCAAGGCGGUUUAGGAGGAAGGACAAAGCAGUGAAAUUGCCGCCGGGAAGAAGGGGAAAUAAUUUGAAAAGUUAAAAUAACAGCUUAGCCCUCAGCAAAGUGAAGCUCCAUUGGUAGAGCCAGAGACUCUGAAUCUCAGGGCUGUGGGUUUGAGCUCCACACUGGGCAAAAGAUUCCUGCAGGGUGGGGUUGGACUAGAUGACCAUGGGGUCCCUUCCAUGAUUGAAAACAGAUUAAGACUUGCACCGGGGCAGGAUCUGUCUGAUUAUGUUUUUAGCAGGUACCCAAAAAAAGAGCACAGUGAAGGCUCCUGCCUAUCAGUAGUUCCAAACUGUAUUGUUAUUAUUACUAUUGAUUAACUUUAUGUAUCGCCUUUAAUCCAAAGCUUACAUGGCGGUUUAUAAUACAAAAACAGAAAAAUACAGAUCACAGUAACAAACAAAAACAACACACUCCCAUUUUGAAAGACCGUAGAUAGUUUAAACAGCUUUAGUCCUGGUUCCUAAAGACACGUAAUGAGGGCACCAGCUGAGCCUCUUGUUGGGGGGGAUUGCACAAACGGGGAGCCACUGCAGAUAAGGCCCUGUUCUCAUGCUGCCACCAUGUGGGGCACUGCUGGGUCCUUGGGGGCCGGGGGGGUGUGGGCAGGAGGGGCCGAAGGCAGUCCUUGGCGUUGACCAGGCCUUUCUCUUCUGGCUUCCCAAGGGCCGCCCCGCAGGGUUGGGCAGCGGUGGGACGGCCUCCCCCUAACCCCUGCUCUGCCCCAGGCCUGCCAGGAGACAGCCGCCUGGUCCUGGCGCUGCAGGAUGAGGCCCAGAGGCGGCUGGAGCGCCUUCGCCAGAGGAACGUCUCGACGGUCAGCGGCAAGAACGUUCGCCUCCGCCCACUGAGCCAUGCUGCCGCUACCACCACCCCUCCGGCGGAGUCCUGCCAGGGCAGCCCAGAGGAACAGCGCUGCCUGCAGACCCUCUUCUUGCUCCUCUCCUACUACUGCCUGCGGGCCCAGAAGCAGCAGGAAGAAGCCCCACCGGUGCAGCGCGAGUUCCUGUGCCUGGUGCGUCUCUCGCUGCGCCAGCUGCAGGUUGCGCAGGAACAGGAGCUGGCGCUGCUGGAGGAGAUGCUCUGUCUCUGCGCCCGCGAGGCCACUGGCAGCGACACCCUGGGCGCCAUCUUCGGAUCCCGGCGCUUCUACCAGAAUCGCCGGGAGAACUUCGUCCGCAGCAUGGCAGGUGGGUGCCGGGGGGGGGGCGUGCGGGGAAGCGGGAGGCGGUGUCCCAGGGGGGUCAGCUGUGGGUGCAAACAUUUAUUUAUUUCCCCUUUCUAAACCCAUGUAGAAAAACCCCAAAGUGGAUAUUUUACAAGGUUGUUCUUGUACUUCACCAGAUCCUAACCUAUUACAGUACAGUAUUUGUAAUAAUAGGUUCCAAAGAUCACUGAAUUUGUCCAUGGCAAGUCUGCAAUUAAUAUGCAAGUUGUUCAUAUGUUGUGAGUUUGUACAAGUCUUCGAUCCAAUCAUAGAAGGGAGCUGCAUUUUUAUUUUUCCAAUUCAUCAAUAUCAGUCAUUUUGCCACGGUCAGGGCACGGAGAGUCCACUCGCAUUGUCCUUUUGCAAGCUUCCAUGUGCUGGGUAUAUAAUUCAAGAGGAUAUUUUGCUCUGUACAGUGGUACCUCGGGUUAAGUAUUUAAUUCGCUCUGGAGGUCCGUUCUUAACCUGAAAUUGUUCUUAAUCUGAAGCACCACUUUAGCUAAUGGGGUCUCUCACUGUCGCCGCCGCGCAAUUUCUGUUCUCAUCCUGAAGCAAAGUUCUUAACCCGAGGUAAUAUUUCUGGGUUAGCGGAGUCUGUAAUCUGAAGCAUCUGUAACCCGAGGUGCCACUGUAAAAGUAAAGUUGCUCCGUACAGUUCUGUUGAUGGUUUCGGUUACCUUCUGCCAAAAAUAUUUCAAUACAAGACAAUGAAGAAACUUAUGUUUUAAAGAAGCAUUGUCCCUGUUGCAUCUCCAACAGUUAAAUACCUUAGAUAGCCUUUUUUAAAACAAAUGCAAUGGGGUCCAAUAUAUUGUAAAUAUUAUUUUUUGUUGUACGAGCCUCAAUUUAAGAUCCAGAGACGCCUUCGUUAUAGCAGUUAAAACAAUUUCCCACCGUGUGGUUGAAACUGAGAUCUGUAGCUGUGGGUGCAAACAUGUGGGCGUGUUUGGGGUGGCUCUUGGGCACAGAGGGGGCUGCGAGCAUCUCGGUGCCCCCCCAUGGACUGCUGCUGCGCAAAGUGCUGCCCCUGCACCCUUCAUCCCAGGAUUUGCAGUUACGAUACGAUAUGAUAGGAUAUCUUUAUUGUCAUUGUCCCAUACAGAACAAUGAAAUUGAAAUGUCUACAUAAGACAUUCAAAAACCCCUAAAGACUCUGAAACCCCAUUUUAAAAUACAAUAUACUCCUAUAGGGACUCUUUAUACUGCGUUUGAAACCAGAAUUGCAUUUGGGUAGAAGCUGUUUCUCAGGCGGCUAGUCCUGGUCUUUAUAACCCUGGGCCUUCUUCCAGAAGGCAGCAGAGGGCGCACCAGAGCCUUUUAUUGAACCACUUCAUAUAAUCCCAUAAUGGUACAGCUGGGAGGGACCCCAAGGGUCAUCCAGUCCAACCCCCUGCAAUGCAGGAAUCUUUUGUCCAACGUGGGGCUUGAACCCACAACCCUGAGAUCAAACGUCUUAUGCUGCACCAACUGAAGUAUCCCUGUGGGCGGCAGAAGGGGUUUUUCCUAUGGGGCUGGUGGGGCAGAGCCCCAGUGCCCCCCAGGGGAGUAGAAGCACAUCGGUUGGAGUGAGGGAACAGAGGGUAGGCCAAGGGCAGAGAAGGGCUCUGAGGAAACCAGCGGGAGAGACAGUAUCGCAUAGGGGUUAGAGUCAUGGGAUACCAGGGUUCGAAUCCUGCCUCUCAGUCAUGAAGCUCAUGGGGUGUGAUCAGUCAGCAGAGCCUGAGACUCUUAAUCUCAGGGUCGUGGGUUCGAACCCCACUCCAGGCAACCGAUUCCUGCAUGUCUGGGGGUUGGACUAGAUGACCCUGUGGUCCCUUCCAGCUCUACAUUUUCAUGAUUUCCCCAGCCUCACCUCCCUCACAGGGCUGUUGUGGGGGUUGACUGAGGGUGGGGAGAGCCUGUUGGGAUACUGCCAGGGAGACGGGGGCAUCAGGCAGGCCCCCAGCUGGCUCCAGCCACCGGCCAGCAGCCGGUGAUCACCGGUCUCCCUUGGAACAGCAUCAAACAGCGACACGAGCCUCAGAUACGUUGAGAGACCCGUGCAUAAAUCUUCACACAGCAGAAGUGGCAGACAGAGAAAUGUGUAAGCAUAUUUACAGCAUUUAUUCAGCAUAGUUCAGGUACGAAGGAAAAAACAUGUCUGCUUCCCUUCGUCUCCAGCAAAACAGCUAAAAGCAAAAGCAAUAUACAAAAGGAAGUUCCCAGCAAGUGCUGGAAGUAAACAGGCAUGUGACACACAACAGUCGUGCCUGUUCCUUUUAAGGUGGAACGGAACUAUAUCCUAACAGAGCCCCGUACGCCUCCUUGAGCUCCUUGUAGGAGCUUGUAGGUGGGCUUCUCAAUGCCAGCAAGCGAGGGGGGGGGGCUUCUGGGGUCUCCUUGCGGCUCAGCCCCAUGGAAGAUGGACACCCACCCUCUGCUUACCCCCCUCCUGCCACGGAGAGCCCACUGCCUUCCGAGGAAGCCUGUCCCACCGCCUUCAGGGGGCACGCUGUUUAUUUGGGGGGCCUGCUGAGCUGCUCUUUCCCUCCGCAGACUGGUUCCCUGCCAAGGUGGGGGGCUUGACCCCUCCCACCAUGGCCCUGGUUGCCAAAUACUUGGCCCGCCACCGCCUGAGAGAGCCUCGCCUGCUGGAUGCCAUCGCCACCUUCCUGCUGGAGACGGCACAGCAGCUGGACAGCAAGGUGAGCUUGGGGGGGAGCCUUCCUAUUUGGGGUGCCCCUACCCAGAGGUCAAGGAGGACGGACAGACCCCCGGGCGCCCCCUGCCCCGUUUCUUCCAGGGAGGGCACCAAGAGAGAGGGAGCAGCCUGGCACCCCUACUCGCCCAGCCUACCAGCUUAGCUUGCUUGCUGCUGUGGGAUUUUUUUGGGGGGGGGGGCUAAGGACCUGGGAAUCACCAUAGUACAGGAUGAGGCCCAUGGCCCACUCAGUAUCCUCUUUGCUCAGUGGCCACCCAGGGGCCCAAAGGGAAACCCCUGAGCAGGAUUCGAACGCAGGAGCCGCUCUGGGGUUUGCAGCAGCUGGGAUUCAGAAGCAUCCCAACAGAGGCGAGAGAGAGCUCUGCAAGUAUAGGGCGGUAUACAAAUUAAGUUAAUAAUAAUAACCAUAAUAAGUCAUUGCUCGCCGUCUCCUCCUCCUCCACAAAUCUGCCCGUUUCUCUUCUGAAGCUGCUCAAGAUGCUUCCCAUCCCUGCCUUCUGUGCGUCGAUUGGAUUUAGAUACGGAGGAGAGGAUGUUAAGUGAUUAUCCUUCCUCUUUUCCGGUGUGUCAGAGUGCAGAUACCUGCUUCACUGGAGAAAAACCUUCUGUGCGCAGCUCAUCUCUGGAAGCUUUUAGGACCAGGUUGCAUAAAUUUUAGAACCAUUAGGAUGCUGUAGGCAGACUUGGAUUAUCUUCUCACUUUCUAUCUUAACAAAAAAAUCACUCUCUGGCUCUUGGGUAAGCAAGGAAAACAUAAGUUUUACUCACAUCAAAAGUCCUGCCAGGGUUCAGUAGAUACAGGGAUGAAAAUUUUGCAGGCAGUAAACCCUAACCGUUAUGAAAGUCCAUGGCCCAGUUCAAUUUUUGUGUUCCCUGGAGGAGAGCAAAGAAAUCCCCCCCCCCAUUGCAGGCUGAAAGAAGUGGAGAUUAAGUUUUUCUUAUUCCCUUUCCCUCCACACAGGAUUAGAGGAUAUUAUUAUUAUUAUUAUUAUUAUUAUUAUUAUUAAUAUGCUGCUCUUCAUCCAAAGAUCUCAGGGUGGCUCGUUUGUGAUCUCGGCUGCUCAUCCUGUGGCAGGGAGUUCCACAGUUUAGCUGCUGGGUUUUCCCUGAUCCCUGGAGCAGCCCACCUCUCUGAGGCUGCCCUGGUCUGAGGCUCUUGGGGGUCUGGAAGCCCCACCAGCGCAGGUCCCCUCCCAGCGUGAUCUGCUGAACACAUCGGGACCCGCUCCCUGGCAAGGGCCCCGUGCGGGGUUGGCCUAGAUGACCCUCGGGUCCCUUCCAAGCGGAUGGUUCUGCAAAGCGUGCUUCGGAGUCCAGCCUCCCUGGGGCUUUGGGGAGGGGCAGGACGCGAUGUUGGGGGGGGGGCAGAGAGGCUGACCCCCCAGGCCUCUCCUCCUGCAGAUGAUCCAGAAGCUGGUCUUCCCCUUCAGCCGGUUGAACUUCCGCCCGUCCAACCACGCCGCCCUCUUCCCCCGCCUGGAGGCGGCUCUGCAGAAGCCGGGCGUCUCCCCGCUGGCCGCCCUCAACGUCCUCAUGUCCUUGGUGCAACUUGGCCACUGCCCUCCUGGCCUCCUGCGCCAAGUCUUCUCUCCCGCCUUCCUGGCCAACGUCACCAGUAGGUUCCCGCCUGGCGGGGGGUUGGGAUGGAUGACCCCGGGGUCCCUCCGCUCCCAUGCUGCCGUUCUGCCAUUCCGUGGGCCUCGGGAGGCCGGGAGGUCCGGCGUUUUUUUUUUUUUGGGGGGGGGUGCUGUUCUUCGGGGCCCCCCGCCUUGAGCAGCAGAUGAGGGGCAGCUCCCCUUCUCCCCCCAGGCAGCCCCUGCGGGCAGAUUGUGCUGCGCUACCUCUCCCUCUUGGACGCGGCUGUGGCGCUAGAGGUCCCCGAGUACCGCGGCCCCCGCCUGCCCCCCAAGUACCACGUGCGCAUGUUCGAAAGGGCGCUCACCGCAGACAAGGCCAACCGCAAGUACAGGUCAGAGCCUGGGGGGGCGCCUGGGAGGGGGUUGCGCUUUAGGGCUGGGUUUGCCAGGGGUUGGGAUGGAUGACCCUCUGGGGUCCCACUCAUCUCUCCUAGGAAACGCCCAUGGACUUGGUGUGAAUGACUCAAUCCUUUUUUGGAGAGGGGAAUAUUUAACUUCGGGGUGGGUGCAAUAAUUGGGGGAGAAAGACCCCCCCAGGCUAGGAGGGGAAGAGGCGCUGGGCUGCCAUGUGUCUUUUGGGGGACGCCUUUUACCGCACUGACCCCCCUCUUUGCUCCUCAGCUACAAAGGCCUGGUGGGAGAGGCUCUCUGCCAGCUGGUGGGCAGGGGGUGCUUCCGGCAGGACGAGGUGGUGCCCCCGGGAUAUUGCCUAGGUGAGUGGGGGGGCCGUCCUUUGGGGCCUGUGGGGUGGGGUAGGGCCCCCCAGGCGAAGAAGGGGGCUCGGCUUUGGCCCCCAGGUCCCUGGCUUCCUUUGCUGUAUCAGAGCUGAGGUUCACCUUCCGCCAGGGAUGCUCUUUUGGUCGAUUCCUGCCUGGCCGGGGGUUGGACUAGAUGACUCAGGGGGUCCCUUCCAAGGCUCUGAUCCUUCGAUUCUCGGAAAGGUGCCCUGUGUGUGUGUUGGGCAGGGGAGCUGGAAGCUCUCGGAUGAGGCGUGCAAAUGUCUCCCUCCAACUCUCCUGGCAUUUAAGGGGCAGAGGCGGGUGAACAAUUUUCCACUUUAAAAACCGGUCGUAAAAGAUCACCAACGGAUCCGGUCUCAGUUCUGGGGUCAUAUUGAAUUUUCCAGGCCGAAGUCUGUCUGUUUGACAGCCUCUUUGCUUCUUCCCACUUUAGGUAUAAAUUGAUGGAUCCCAUUAGGUUGCCUCAUCUUUUAAAUAUUUGCAAAUAUUUCAACAGAAACUAAUUGCUGCUCUAAACGCUUGGAGUGUCUUUAAGGGACGUUUUAUAGCAUCCUUGGACUCGGGGGCUGGAUUGGAUGACCCCCGGGGUCCCUUCCAACUCUGCAAUCCUGAGAUUCUAUGAAUCUUUCCUCCCACCCCAAUGAAACGCUCCAGUUCAGCUGCUUUGGGCUGUUGGGGAUAAAAGCAGCUUUGGGGAUUUUUCCUUUCUUAAUAAUUUGGGGAAAAUUGCUUUCAUCUCCCGCUCACCUCCAAGACUUUCCAAACUCCGAUCAGUUGGACCUUCUUGGUCCUUUGACAUGUCACAUGAAGUGGAUCAUGCCCUCCAUCCCCCCCACCCCCGCCUGUAACUGCAGGCUCCCUGGGGGAAAGAGCGCUCCUGAGCCUGUGCAAAGUGUUUUUAGCCACCAAGCAACCUCACUUCUCCCUUUGUCUUGAACCCCCAGCCGAUCCCCCUUUCUCUCUUUCUCCACAGACUUCCUGCUCUGGGUCACCCCUUCCGGCACCGUCCUUCCCCUGGGGGCCCCCCACAGCUCUCCCAAGGGUGCUGCCCCCACCCUUGCCUCUGGAAUCCAGAACGCGGCAUCUUUGGAGUCGACGGCAGGGUCUCUGCUGCCCCCGGACAGCUUCUGUGGCCCCAGCUGGGAGCCCUCGCCAGGGACCCCCUCCCUGAGCAGCCCCACGCGGACGGACCCCUCCCUGGCGGGCCCCCCCUGCAGCAGCAACGGGACCCACUUCUUCUUCCCCGCCUGGGGGGGGCCAGAGUCUGGGCAGGGGCUCCGCCUCCCCCCAACGGACGAAGGGGGGCCCUUCUCCCCCCAGGGGCCCAGCACCAAAGGCGCAGCGCAGGGUUGUCCACAGGAGACGGUCCACAGGUACCUGCAGCACGAAUGGAGGGGAGGCACCUCUGACCUGGGGUCACAGUCUUAAGUGGGGGGUGGGGGUGGGUGGUGCUUUUUCCAUCGCUUGGCCACUGAAAGGAGCCAAGUGCUUUCCUCUCUCAGCUCAGCCCAUCCUGCUGCGGUUCCGGCAUGGCAGCGGGUUGGACUAGAUGACCGCUGGGGGUCCCUCUUCAGCUCUGUGCUUCUUUCCUUCCUGGCCCAGCGAGGGCCCAGAGCCGGCUCAGUUUGCAGGCUGCCUGCCCUUGCCUCGCCUCUUCUGCCGGCAGCAGCCUGCCUCUUCUGUCGGUGGCUCACAGCCUGUGCUCAGAACAUGUCUGGGCUCGGCUGUGCCAGGGAUGCCAAGCCUGGGGGGGCUGAGUUAUGGGGAGGGAGGGGGUUGGAGCCUGUUUGCGGAAGGGGCAGCUGUUUUGGGGGCGCAGAGGAGCCAAGCCCGACCCCCCUGAACCCCUGGCUGCCUCUGGAGCUGGCUAUGCCAGGGCGCCCUCUAGUGCCAAGGGGGGGCUCUCCCCCAUCUUCUUGCGUCUGGGGAGGGGGCCUGGCCCCCGUUUCUGACCAGGGGAGGCAGCCACAUCCUCCAGAACUUGCAGAGUGUUUUUUUCUGGGGCUCUAACUGGGGGGACCUUGAGUGACGGGGGGCACAUACUCCCUUUGAUGCCAGCCCCCCAUUUCCUCCCUCCCCCACCAGGGUGGUGCUGUCUGUCAACGACCAAUGGCACUACUGCCACGGCUCCUCGGUCCUGGUGGGCUCUCGGGCCAUGCGCAGCCGCCAUCUCCGCCUGUUGGGCUACCGCCUGGUGCAGGUAAGCAGGACUCUCCCUCCCCACACUUCCGGGUGGGCUGGGCCGCUCCCUGGCAGCGUUUCCCGGCUGGGCUGCCCGGAGGGGUCCCCUUGGGCCGGAUCCGGCAGCCAGGCUCUUCGGACGCCUGCACGGAGCCUCCGGGAGCAGGAGCAGUCUACCUGGACGCCCAGGGUCCCGGGGUCUUUUGGCCGGCAGGCUCUUCCUGUGCUCUUCCGCUCUGCAGCUGCCCUACCAGGAGCUGGAGAAAAUGAGGGGCGUCGAGGAGACCAAGCUCUACCUGAGACGGAAGCUGGAGGAGCUGCAGUUCUGAAGCAGACACCUAGGUGUGGGUCUGUGUGGGUCACCAGACAGCAGGCACGUUUGGGGAUGGUGUGGGUCUUUUCUUGCAGAGCACACAUUCCCCCAGUGCACCCCCGAGAGGGAUUUGUUCGAGGUACAAGAGAGGGUUUUUCUUUGCAAUAAUAAAUUAAAAUAAAUUAAAAGAAUAAUAAUAAUAAAGAGGCGAAAAGUCCAGACCAG